AUCAGCUGUGUCCAAUCACAGCUGAUCACUGAUGAUCAGUGUGGCCCCAGCAGUGCCACCUGUCAGUGCCUUGUGUCAGUGCUCAUCAGUGCCUCAUGCCAGUGCCCAUUAGUGCCACAUAUCAGUGCCUACCAGUGCACAUCAAUGCCACAUAUCAGUGCCCAUCUGAGCUGCCUUUCAGAGUCACCCAUCAGUGCCAGUCAGUGCCACCUAUCAAUGCCAAUCAGUGCCACCUAUCAGUGCUGCCAAUCAGUGCCGCCUAUC